AUGUGUUUCAUUAUCGUUCAGGUAAAUUCCAAUGGUGCAAUUUCCUUCAAUUCACCAUUAUCCAAACAUUCCCAAAACGUUCGUAAUGGCGAUAAAUUGGUAGCACCAUUCUACACCGGUCUGACGUCCAGACGAACUGGGAAGGUGUUCUAUCGAGAGACCCAGGAAGAGCGUUGGCUUCUUCUGGCCAGCGCCGAAGUGCAUGCUGGUUUUCCCAAUGAAAGGAAAUUCGAAGCGACCAGCUUAUUUAUUGCCACGUGGUUAGAUGUUGGAAAUGCUUUGUUGAAUAAGGUGAGAGCAAAGAUUCCAGAGCUUAAACAUUAAGAGGCAAUUUUCAAUGUCACGUAUUUGCAAUGAAAAGUGUUCAAAACCGAAAAUCUUUUUGGCGUUCCUCUCAAAAUUACUUUGUUUUAGUUUUAUUCUCUAGUUUAUACAGUUAGGUAUCUUUUUAGAUGCAUCUGUCGGUUGAGAAACAUAAAAUAAUAGUAAAAAAUUGUCAAUUAAAAUACAAUUAUCAAUGAUGCUUUAAAAUUGACGCCAUAUUUACAGCCAUAUAAGCACAACUUACUGAACUUCAGACAUCAUUUUCUCUUUGGCGUAUCAUCUAAAAUCUCUUCAUUUUAGCAUUGUUUUACAGAUAAAGCACUAAAAAUACUUUUUAAGUUUGUUUGCCGAGUGAGAAACGUAUCGAAAAAUAAAAAUUUUGAGUUUAGUCAUAACCUCAAGUGAUUAUUAUACGCAUUAGUUUUGAGCAUGUGUUACGUAACGUACAAAAAAUCUUUUAAAAGCAACCCAAUAGCCUUUUGUUUAACAGUUGGCAAAUGCGAUCUAGCCACGAUCCAAUGAUGGGAAAGCCUCAUUGUCCUUUCAUUGUUUUGAAAAUCCCAUUGUUCUUAGUUUAUUGUUUAUUGAGAUGUCCCAACAGGCUAUUGCCCAAUUGAUAGGGGAUCUGAAGUACCUAGUACUACUACCUGCGAUUUAACGUCUUUAUCCGAGAAGACUUGAAAGUCUAACCAUUUACUGAUGUCAAUGUAAACGUGCUCUUCUCAGUUAUUUUAAGACUUUGAGUAGAGUCCAAGGAUUGAACCCAGGUCUCCCAACUUAACUGUGUAAGACAGUCGCCAAUCCUAGGAAUAUCGUACCACCGACCAACAGUAUAGCAGAUUGACGCUAACCACAUUUAACACUCGUGCUUUAAUUAGCUCAACUGGAUGUUGUUAUUAUGAGCCUUUUGUAUAACGUCACCACACUUGAGUUGUGGUUGGUUCUUUUCUGUACUCCCAGGGUUUGUAUGCUGGUAUCAGCUGUCUUCCGUGAUCAGACAUGAACCGCGUGAUGGCAGCUCGAGGCGCCCCUUUAGCAUUUGGCUGCAAUAAAGAAUGAUUGGCAUCCCCUAUAACUUUACCUUUAGACGAUCUAUUUCCAAGUUGUUCUAAUAUCUGAUGGGAAAACGACAUUCACGUUGUUUCAUUACAACAACAGAGCAAGCAAACAGAGAAGUGAUCUUUUGAAAUCUCAACAAACAUCGACAACUACAUUUCCUAAUGCUGGAUUUAGCUUUGGAGAUAAACUAAGGUAAGAAUUCGGGGGAGUUGUGGCUUUGAGGUUUGCACAGUAUAGAGCUUUCCAAUAUCGAUAAAGUUAGUUUAGUGUAAAGUCUGGUUUGCACUAUCAAAGUUUCUGUAAUCACAGUUGGAAUUUUGCAUAGAUAAAUUCUACGUUUUGAAGGAUUUGUAAGAAAUGUUUGAGGGAACUGACUCCGUGUUUAACACCGAGUCAGUCCCCUUGAACAUUUCUUACAAAUCCUUCAAAAUUUAAAAUUUACCUAUGCAAAGUUUCAACUGUGAUCACAGAAACUUUGAUAAUGUAAACCAGCCUAAAGUCUCCUCCUAUAGUAACAAUGGACAAAUAAGGGCUAGCCCCUACUUGACUUUCAGGAAGGAUCCAUCAAAUUAACAAAAAAAUUGUUUUCGUUUCAGCAAAUUUUUCCUGCCGAAUUCUGGCACAAGCGACAUUUUUCAGUUGAGUCAUACUUCAAAUAUAAACAUUCCUGGCAAAUGGCUGUAUAUGAUUGGCUCACGAGGUAUAACUGAACCUCAGUCCAAGUUGAGUGGCGCGAAAGACAAGACGGUGGCGUUGACUGAAAAUGUAACGUUGAGUGGUGGACCUGUCAGACGGAGUUCAUCGGGUAAGAAUGUGGAUGUCAAACUUUAUGAAGUAAAACUAAGGGUCUUACUCAUCCUUUAGUCAUUGAAGAUAUUAUAUGUAUAUACAUCUAUAGCGCACGGUCAAUGGACAAACCUCGUGCUGAAAUGGAAGGAAUGCAACGUGAUCGUGUCGAGGGCCUACUCAGGGCCGCCCAGAGGUUGGCGGGGCCCGGGGCAAAUUUUUUUUAGAGGGCCCUAUCUAAAAAAUUUUUUCCGGAAAAAUUUUUUCCGGAAAUUAUUUUGGCGACCUCCCCCACUGGGCCUACUAGCGAUUUUAAGUGCAAUUUUCGUCUUCCGAUGAAUGUGAAUGAGUUAUGAAUGUUCAGAUGAGGGUACAUAUACUCAGAACAUUCAUAACUCAUUUACUCGUUCACAUCCAUCAGACAGAAGGAGAAAAUCGCACCUGAAAUCGCAACAAAAUUUUCAAGGGUAAACCAGCCUUCAACCAUGUCCAUCCCUAUCACAUAGUUUUGCUAAGGCGGAAGGGUUAGUUUUUUGUGAGGGAGGAAAGCAGGAUACCCUGGCAAAAACCUCGAUAUCAUAGUGUCCACAAUCACUAACAUGUAUUUGUUCCUAUUUUCUUAUGCAGAUGCUUGUGGCGAGAGUGAAACACAAUGUAGUAAGGAUGCUGAAUGUAAGACACCAAACGAAUGUUGCGUAUGCAAUAGCGGUUACCAUGGCAACGGGAAAGUUUGUUUGAAAAACGGUAUGUAACAGCACAGACAUGUUUGUUUUCCAUGUUGUUAUGCCUACCCCACAGGAGAGAAACUUGCUGAGCUAACCGCCUCUCACGGCAGGCUUAAUUUCGCGUAAAUCGUCACAGAAAAUUUCCACUUACAUUUAGGUCAGAGUAUGCACAUGAGAGGCAACUUAACUGGAAUCGUUAAUGGUAUAUCUGUGGAUGGACUUCGAAUCAGCGUUUUCGGAGAUGUUCCAUCAAAGACGACGUACAUCGCGCUAGAUCCAGUGCCCCCGUCAGUAAGUGUUCUGCUCCGCGUUUUGACACCUAUGGUAUCCACACUUGGUUAUCUGUUCGCUCAUCCUGGCGAGGGGAUUGGAAAUGGCUUCAGUUUCUUGGGAGAUAAUUUCUUACGACAAUCUCAAGUCACUUUUGAAACAGGUAAGGGGCGUUUUCUAUAUAUUUACCUUCGCCGAGAAGGAGGAUUUUAUCCGUGUUUGUAUGACUGUGCGUCUCUGUGUCUGUCUGUCAGCACGAUGAAAGAGCCUGGGAACGAGGUUGCACGAUAACUUAAGAAAUAUCAAAUGUAUUAACAUAAAAAUCUCUGAGACUCAUGGACAUUGCCCAAGGACAAAUUGAUGAAAUUUUGGGUAAAUUUGGAUGAAAAUUGAAUGAGAAAUUAGUCUUGCUUUCCCGGCAGAAUACAAUAAUAAUUCAAUAAUAAUUAUAUAAUUUAUGCAGCCUCGUACCUAGGCUGAUAGCACAUCAAAGCGCCUGGGACGAGGCUGUAAUUUAUGCAUGAUACAACCCAAUCUCGUUCCCCGAGCUUGCGAUCCUCGAGAAGGAACGUGAGACUCUGGGAUAAUCCGUUUCAGGGAGGAAUCUGAUUGGCCGUUGAUAUGGAAUGCGCAGUUCGGUCUUAGCCAGGAUUCCUGGCUUCCGGCAAUGGAUUAUCCCAGAGCCUCACGUUCCUUCCCGAGGAUCGCAGGCUUGGGGAACGAGAUUGGAUACAACCUUAAUUCGCUGGCGUCUCCAAGCGCCCUCUAAUUCUUAAUAUAACAAAGGCGCUUUUAGUUUAAUUCUGCUAAACACCGGUUUUUUCUAGGUACUCUGGUUUUUGGACUAAUGAGGGAUUGACUUUAUUAGACUUCUAAGGAGAACAGUUAACAUAGAACUAUCCAUUUUUUUCUGUGUUGGUGUUGUGUACUCAGGUGGAUAAUAUGUUUGUGAUGUUACUCUGAGUGCAUAUCCACACCGGGUGAGCUUGAAAAAUAUGCCCGGCCACGGUGAGGUUCGAAUCCCACCGUGGCCGGGCAUAUUUUUCAAGCUCGCCCGGUGUGGAUAUGCACUCAGAGUAACAUCACAAACAUAGAACUAUCCAGUUUAUUACUUUAGGUUUUUUCUUGUAUUAAGCAGCACUUGACCAAUAAUUAAGGAAUGACCCCUUCAUGGGCAUCUCUUAAAUAGGCUUCUUUGUUUAACUGAUGUUAAUCACUCAUUCUUUUUUGACAUUCUAGGUGAAGUUGCCAACAUUGGAGAAACGAUGUUAGGACAGACUCAAAAUGGUGGCUACAAAUUUGAAAUAGAUAUCGACGGAAACGUUCCGGUUUUUGACUCGAAAAAGAACAUACAGUUCGAGAACUAUGUCCACACAUACAGAUACGACAGGCAAGGCAUCAUGAGCGGUUAUUAUAGCUCUAAAUUCAACGAUGGUGAGAAGAAUUAUAAAAUUAGUGUCGUUGAGGUCUUGGAAUUUUCUGAGGUACAAGGUUGUUCGAAUGUUGGAAAUUCCAAAAUGGCCGUCAGCGAGCAAAGGUCAUCGUACGCAGUGGGGACUAAUGUCCUAAAUUUUGCUUUGAAAACUGAAAUGCAAGAUGAGGGUAAGGAUUUGUUAUUAAAAUUUUUGGAAUUUCUUCCGUAAAGGUAGGGGCUGCUAAUCUCAUUCCUUGAAGCAUGGGUGUCAGAUGUUGGGAUACGAAGUAACCGUGUUACCUGCAACCAUAAAUAUCUUAUAUACACUAGAUAGCGCAUCUCUUUUAGUAAAAUUGAAGCCGAGAAUAGUCCAGCGGUUACCCCCAUUUGAAUAGAUGGCGGCCAUGUUGGUCGUUCCCACUUGCUAAUAAACGCUUAAAAACAACAAUAACUUUCAUCAUUUGAAAAGUUUAAAAACGUAUUUGGAAUAGGGUUAACUUAAUGUUUAAGUUCCCUGUUUAAGAAAUAGAGAACAUACGAAUCUCCUCAUUUCAUGGGAACGACCUGAGACUGCAAUCACGGCUUCAAUUUUUGAAUUGCAGAAUAAUUAGAUGCACUAUCUAGUGUAUAUAAGAUAUCUAUGCCUGCAACUGACUGGAGUUAACUGCAAACCUAGGCCAGAAUGUCUAGUGCACGAUAGUAUGGUAGAAAAUUUAAAUUUUCCCGGUAUCGUUUUGAACUAUUUACCGACCAGAUUUAAUAGGUGUCUCUUUUCUAUAACAAUCCCUUUUCUAUUUUCAAACGUUGUGCGGUUUCCCAUUGCCAAAAUUGACUUUCUCUGGUUCAAUAGACCUUUCCCUUUUAAGUGAAAUUUUGAUCUAGACAAGUCUGGACAAAAAUUUCAUCACAGCUUGAAAGAGCAUCACAAAAUUAGUAAUAUUCCGAAGUUUCGUUGCAAAAUGUUGUAAAAUGCGGAUAAUAUAGCCUUGCGAAGUUUACCGUUUUUCAGUCAUUUUGCAUUACGCACGGGAAAUUGAUAAUCAGAUGAUCAAACUGAUUAUCAAUUUCCCGUUUGUGUAACGAGGUGUAACGAGGUUAUUUUUUUGAAUUAAAUGUGUGUUUUUAUAGAAGCUUGUGGAGAGGAGAACAGAAAGUGUCACCGUCAGGCAAAAUGUGUGGUGAAAGAUGGCGUUGAAUUUUGUAAUUGUGACAUCGGCUUUCAGGGAAAUGGAUUUUCAUGUCAAGGUAGUAAAGCCCUGGGCAAACUAGGAAACGUUGUUGUGGAAACAUUUGUGAUAUUCUCGAUGUUUCCUCAAAUGUUCCCCUGGUAAUUGACCUUUCUUGUUUUGUCUUAGACGUUGAUGAAUGUCUACUGAACAUCGAUGACUGUUCACCGAAUGCGAACUGCAGUAAUAAUCUUGGAUCAUACACUUGCAAAUGUGGCAGUGGUUACCUAGGCGACGGGAAAAUUUGUCGUAAAGGUUGGUGGAUGAUACCUAUCUAAAAGCCUGGAGAAACCAUGAUACACGCUAUAUUGUGAAAGAGACUGAAAAUCAUGAUGCUUUUUUGUACUGCGCCUCCUGAAGAUUUGAAAUUAUUGCAAUACAAGUAACAGUUAUUUAUCUAUUUCCAGAAGAGGGAAGGUGUGGUGAUGAGGCUAAGAAAUGUCAUUCUCUUGCUCAAUGUAUUACCGAGGAUGGGAAUGAGCUGUGUGAAUGUAAUGCAGGAUAUAUCGGCGAUGGAGAUUUCUGUCAGGGUGAGUAAAUAUCAGAUAAUUGGUAGGGAAAAGUAUGGUGAGUUUACAGGUUAGAUCGUAAACUCAUCUCAACUAAAAUUUGAUAUCUUUAACUGGAUAGCGCUAUUAGCUCUAAACUGUUCUCUCUAGAUAAGGUCCUGUAGAGGCAAUCUCUUAUUUGAUCCAGUCUUUCUACAGGAGGAAACCUGAGUGCCUGGAGUAAACCUUGUAGUGUCCGCUAUAAGCGGACUCCAAUAGACCUUUCCACUUUUGAAUGAAAUUUUGAUCUAGACAAGUCUGGACAAAAAUUUCAUCACAGCUUGAAAGAGCAAAAUUAGUAAUAUUCCGAAGUUUCGUUGCGAAAUGUUGUAAAAUGAGGAUAAUAUAGCCUUGCGAAGUUUGACGUUUUUCAGCCAUUUUGUAUUACAAAUGGGAAAUUGAUAAUCAGUUUGAUCAUCUGAUUAUCAAUUUCCCGUUUGUAAUGCAAAAUGACUGAAAAACGGCAAACUUCGCAAGGCUAUAUUAUCCUCGAUAUUGUCCGCAUUUUACAACAUUUCGCAACGAAACGUCGGAAUAUUACUAAUUUUGUGAUGCUCUUUCAAGCUGUGAUGAAAUUUUUGUCCAGGCAUAUCUAGAUCAAAAUUUCACUCAUAAGGGGAAAGGUCUAUUAGAAGGCGAACGUAUAGUCGGAUUGUCAUUUGUGGUUUGAUUUAUUUGUUGAUGGAUUUCGUACUUAUCCAUCUCUAGUAUAAAUUAGCAGUUUCUGCAUAUACUUUUUUGUUUGUCGUAGACGUUGAUGAAUGUCUAUACUACAUAUCCAUGACUGUUCACCAAAUGCAGGCUUACGCACUAUCUACUAGAUCUUUGCCAAAAAUGGACCUCAGAAUUGAAAUCGUCGUGCUCAAAUUAGUCUACACCGAAAAUUUCACGAUGUUUGGACAUUCAGAGCGCGAGUUACGACGUUUUGAAAAUUUUGUUUUCACCAUAUGUAUGGAAUUUCCACUGUAGUGAAUUUUUUUUCAUCAUGAAAUGUUCGGUGUAGAACUAUUUUGAGUAUGAAAAUUUCAAUUCUGAGGUCCAUUUCUGCCAAAUAUGAAGAUGACAAAUCAAUAGCGCGAACUCGGAUCGGAGAAUUACAAGUACCUAAGGCCCGUUUCAUACGCCGUAUUUCACAUGCGCCGAAUACAUUGAAAACAAUAGGUAAUGAAGCAUUUCAGCUCAUUAUCUAUUGUCUUUAAUGCAUUCGGCACAUGUGAAGUACGACGUAUGAAACGGGCCUAAUUCCUCAACACCCAUGCAAUAUAAUUGUUUUCUCUAGAUGCGGAUGAAUGUAAACUUGAUAUAGACGAUUGUUCAGUAAACGCAUUGUGUCACAACAUACCAGGAUCGUACAAAUGUGCAUGUAAAGUUGGUUAUAUUGGGGAUGGGAAAACAUGUCUGGGAAUAAGUAAGUUGAGUUUUAACACUCAGUCCGUUCCAUCGAACAUUCCUUACAAACUCUUCAAAGCUUAGAAUUUACUCAUUCCUAUUGUGAUCGUAGCAGGGCCUAUUUUAGUGUGCAGUAUUGAAUGAAAGUGUGCAGUAUUGAAUGAAAAGUGUGCAGUAUUUAAAUUUGAAGUUUGAAAUAAAUUUCAACUUUGUAUUAGAUGUGCUGAAGGAGCGAAAUAGAUGAAAUAUAAAGUCGAGAAUUUUAAAAUGCCUUUGCAACAAAAUUAGCAAAGGCACAAACAAAGAUUGGCCAAGUUUCAGCAAUAAAUUGCAAUAUUCAAUAUUUCCAUGUCCAGAAAAGCUGGUGUACUUCUUUCCUCCACAGGAGGGAAGAGCCUGGGAACGAGGUUGUCAUUUUUGUCGCAUCAGCGAAUUACUACAAUAGGUUAUGGCUGAUUUGAAUUUGAAAGGGUUUACUUUUUUGGGACACUCUGUAUGUUGUCAUUAUGUUCUAUAUAAAACAUAACAAUUCAAAGAUACUGUGACGUCAUUGAUGACACCUGCUCUGAAGUUUGCAGUAUUGGAAUUUCCUUAGAAUAGGUCCUGGAUCGUAGAAACUUUGAUGGUGUAAACCAGCCUUAGGUUUGGUUUAAAAGCCAUUUGUUAUGAAAAAAGUAGUGUUACAUAGAAAAUAUUCUUGGGUUUCAAUGAUAUUUUACACUAAAACAACAAGGAAAUAAAAUGGUUGUCAACGCAUCGUAUGUAAAUUAGUUCUCCAACUAUUACAAAAGCCAAUAUAAACAAUAUAAAAGCCAUCCUUUACCCAUGCAUGAAACCCGAGAAUUAAUUUUACCACUACUAUAUCAGUGUUUUAAAUUUUUCUGAACAGUAGUUGGUUCAGGUGAUGUGUGUACUGCAGAUGGUCGACAAUGUGGCCCAGUUGAAGAGUGUGUUGAAGAGAAAUGUCAAUGUAGAAGUGGUUUUCUGCACGAUGGCUCCGCUUGUGCAGGUUAGGGCUUUUAUACAUGACUACACACGCAAAACACAUCAUAUAGCAAGUCUACCAACAAGUCGUCAAUAAGUUGUGUUCGCAUUGCUUCUCCCCAAGUUCAACAAGUAUGGUUGUAACAACCUUCUAGGUCAAGCAGGAAAAUUUUAACUAUAGUGUUUUCGAGUGAGGUUACUUACUAAUGGCUACCUAUCAUUACUAUAUAUAGUGGCUACAAAAACCUCUUGACAAGUUAAAUCGUACACGAACUGUGCGGAGUAAAUAAGAAAGUACGGCGCAUUGCAACUUAAUCGAUUCAUAGUGGUUACUAAUAGUAACGUUACCACGAGUCGUGGUAAUUUGUGAUUUUUUCGUGGUUAUUUGUCUUGUAGAUGCCGACGAGUGCCAACUUGGUAUACAUACUUGUGAUAAGGCCGCAUCAUGCUCCAACAUCGUGGGUGCAUAUGAAUGUGAAUGUAACGAAGGCUAUACUGGAGAUGGGUAUAAAUGUGUACCGGAGGGUUAGUACCCAGUCCCCCGCAACGCCAUUGUUGAAAUAUGGUGGUCGUGCGGGAUAGCAUUAUAGACCGCGUAGUGAUUUCUUGUAAAAUUUUCAGUAUGUUCACAUGAGACCGGUACGAAAAUCACAAAUCUCAGUUUAAUUUAUUCCCCUUGCCCGCCAUUUUCUUUUUUACAGUGCUUUUGUGAGCAUGUUUGACUUCGUCGGUCUCAUGUAAAUGGAGCCUUACAACCGGGGCAAACAUUGUAUUCGCUUUCACCAAAUCUAUCUGCAAACAGUCUUAGACCUACCGUGUGCUGCCAACAGCUCUUGCAUACAGAAUGAUUUUCUCACUUAUUCCGUACUUUAAUCUAAACCAACAAUCUUAUGAUGAAAAUAAGAGGCCAACAUAAUACUUUAAUGAAAUAGAGCCAUACACCCAAAUAUAAAAGUUUUAUUGACAAUGACGUUUCGUCUUAACUGAAGACUUAAUCUUCAGACUAACAGAACAAUUACAAUGAGAAGGAUUAUAAUUAUUCUUAUAGUGAUUGUUCCUUUAACUGGUUGCCAUGGUAAACAGUGUCAUGACGAUGGAUAUUGCGACAGAUCAGGAGUAGUUCCCGUAUGUAGGUGUAACCAAGGCUUCAAGGGAGAUGGAGUUUUAUGUCAAG